GCCACCGAUCGCAGGCUCCGGACGCCUGGGCUAAGGAAGCCGGAACCGCCGGGGAAGGCAGGAAAGCGCACCGAGCUCAGGCUCGGCUCCGGCCACUGCCACCUCGCUCCGCUCCCGCCCCAUGGCUCCGCGGCGGCCGCCGCCGCUGCCGCCCUUGCCUUCCGAGGGCCCUCGCGGCAGCGGGUGCAAGACCUCCUUUAAGGACUAAACAGGGUCGGCGCCUGCUCGCCCGCCAACCACAGCCCCAGGAAGGUGGAGGCCGGAGAUACUGGAGACGAGAAGGAAGAGCGAGCUGGAAUCAGGUCCACACGGGACGGUCCAGCCUCCAGCCUCAGGCAGAGAGGGGGGCUGCGCAGCUGGUUUGCGACUGAUUCAGGGCUGGCGCCCUGCAGAAGACAUUGGGUGCUCCAGGCCGGUCCCCCGCACCUGCCCGAGCCCGGCACCCCCGACUCACCUGACCCCUGGCGUCCCUGUCCCCAUUCCGACUGCUGCAGCCCAAGCGGGACUCCGCGGGCCUGGAGCGCAGCGAGGUCUAAUAUGCCCAGAGCCGAGGCGCGAUGAAGGAGAAGUCCAAAAAUGCGGCCAAAACCAGGAGGGAGAAGGAAAAUGGCGAGUUUUACGAGUUGGCCAAGCUGCUCCCGCUGCCUUCGGCCAUCACCUCGCAGCUGGACAAAGCGUCCAUCAUCCGACUCACCACCAGCUACCUGAAGAUGCGCGCGGUCUUCCCGGAAGGUCUAGGAGACGCGUGGGGACAGCCGAGCAGAACAGGGCCUCUGGACAGCGUGGCCAAAGAGCUGGGAUCCCAUUUGCUGCAGACUCUAGAUGGAUUUGUGUUCGUGGUGGCCUCUGAUGGCAAAAUCAUGUAUAUAUCUGAGACCGCUUCUGUCCAUUUAGGCUUGUCCCAGGUGGAGCUCACAGGCAACAGUAUUUAUGAGUACAUACAUCCUUCUGACCACGACGAGAUGACAGCUGUACUUACGGCCCACCCACCGCUCCACCAUCACCUGCUCCAAGAGUACGAGAUAGAGCGGUCUUUCUUUCUCCGAAUGAAGUGCGUCUUGGCAAAAAGAAACGCAGGCCUGACAUGCAGUGGAUACAAGGUCAUUCACUGCAGCGGCUACCUAAAGAUCAGGCAGUACAUGCUGGACAUGUCCCUGUACGACUCCUGUUACCAGAUCGUGGGGCUGGUGGCCGUGGGCCAGUCACUGCCGCCCAGUGCCAUCACGGAGAUCAAGCUGCACAGCAACAUGUUCAUGUUCAGAGCCAGCCUCGAUCUGAAGCUCAUAUUCCUGGACUCCAGGGUGACAGAGCUUACGGGCUAUGAGCCGCAAGACCUGAUCGAAAAGACGCUGUACCAUCAUGUGCACGGCUGUGACACCUUCCACCUCCGAUAUGCACACCACCUCUUGCUUGUGAAGGGCCAGGUCACCACCAAAUACUACCGGCUGCUGUCCAAGCUGGGCGGUUGGGUCUGGGUGCAGAGCUACGCCACUGUGGUGCACAACAGCCGUUCCUCCAGGCCUCACUGCAUCGUGAGUGUCAAUUAUGUUCUCACGGAUGUUGAAUACAAGGAACUUCAGCUGUCUCUGGACCAGGUAUCAACCUCUAAGUCCCAGGAGUCCUGGAGAACCACCUUGUCUACCUCACAAGAAACUAGGAAAUCAGCUAAACCCAAAAACACAAAGAUGAAGACAAAGCUGAGAACCAACCCAUAUCCCCCACAGCAAUACUGCUCCUUCCAAAUGGACAAACUGGAGUGCAGCCAGGCGGGAAACUGGAGAACUAGUUCCCCCACAAAUGCUGUGGCUCCCCCGGAACAGCAGCUCCAUUCAGAAGCCAGCGACCUUUUAUAUGGGCCGCCCUACAGCCUCCCCUUCUCCUACCAUUAUGGACACUUCCCAUUGGACUCUCACGUCUUCAGCAGCAAGAAGCCAGGAUUGCCCGCCAAGUUCGGGCAGCCCCAAGGAUCCCCAUGUGAGGUGGCACGCUUCUUCCUGAGCACACUGCCAGCCAGCAGCGAAUGCCAGUGGCACUGUGCCAACUCUCUAGUGCCCAGCAGCCCGUCGCCAGCUAAAAACCUUUCUGAGCCUCCUGUGAAUGCUGCCCGGCAUGGACUUGUGCCAAACUAUGAAGCGCCCUCCGCAGCCGCGCGCAGGUUCGGCGAGGACCCCGCACCCCCAAGCUUCCCGAGUUGCGGCCACUACCGCGAGGAGCCGGCGCUGGGCCCCGCCAAGGCGGCUCGCCAGGCGUCCCGGGACGCAGCCCGGCUGGCGCUGGCCCGAACGCCCCCCGAGUGCUGCGUGCCGCCCGCCCCCGAGCCGCAGGCGCCGGCGCAGUUGCCCUUCGUGCUGCUCAACUACCACCGCGUGCUGGCACGCCGCGGGCCUCUGGGGAGCGCUGCGCCCGGAGCCCCCGAGGCGGCCGGCUCGCUGCGGCCCCGACACCCCGGCCCGGUCGCCGCCUCUGCGCCCGGCGCGCCCCGGCCGCACUACCUGGGCGCCUCGGUCAUCAUCACCAAUGGCAGGUGACCCGCCAAGGCCAGUCCCGCUCGGCAGGGCGACCCGCAGGGAGAAGCCAUAGGCCAGGUCUUCUCUGGUUCCUUUUUCACCCCCAAGGUCCAGCAGAUGGAGGGGCGAACUGUAUAUGCACGAUAUAAAUUAAUUUAUACAGAGACAACUAUUUUAAUAGAACUCCGAAGCCGACUUUUAGAUUUUUACCGUAGAUGCUGGUGUAGAGGGUUGGGACGCAGUUGGAGAAUGGGGAGAAGGGACUGCCCAUCCCUGUCCAAGGGCCGGUUUUCACGGGGCUGAGCAUCCAGAUGUCAACCUGUGACCUCAAACUACCGUUUCUAGGGAUCGUGGUUUCCUCACCAUGAAGCCAAUCAAGCCGAGGUCCAAUAAUGGGAAUUCAAGACAUUGCAUACAACUUGGCAGACGAUUGCCACUUUAAGUCCCUCACUUCCCCCCCGCCCCCCCUCUCCGUGGUCCUCUGUUCCCGAGGGGUACAGACAGGGUGGAAAGUCCCUUCAGAGUCCUUUUGGACACUUGUAAAGGCAGAAUGUUAUCCUUGUAAGUCCCACGAGCAGACAACAGUUUCUGCUGUCUUUGAACUCAUGCAUCUCAUUUUUAAAUUUAAUCCUUUUAAAAAUACAAAGGCCAACAAACGGAGGCUAAGGAGGCAGACGUGCAAGCCUAUUGUGUGCGUGGACACGGGUGUGCUUCAGAAGCACAUCAACAAGCUCGUUCAUAACCGAGCCCUUAGGAACUCUGGUUGACACAAGUUGCACCUUCAAAAUAUGAAGUAGGCAUUAAAUGCAAAAAAGAAUAUAUAUAGCCAGGCAUGUUAGAGAAUGGCCCUGUCAACCAUACCUCCCUGGCAGCAUCCCUCCAGCCCGCACAGAUUUGCUAGUCCUACGCUUGUGUUUGCUUGCAAGUAGGAACUCCUAAAGCUAGUUAAACUGCAUGUGCAAUACGGAAACCGGAACAGACUGCACCUUGUGGAAGAAAAACAUGCUUAAGGGAUGUAAUGAAAGUGGUGUAUACAUUUAAGCAUUUUCUACGUAGCAAGAGCUUCAUACGAACAUGUUGUGUGUAACAGGUGAAUGGAGACCCUUUUUAUAAACUUACCAGCAGUGUUUAAAAAUAAACUUCCAUUACUUUUGUUUCACA